AUGGGCGCCGCGAAGGACAUGGAGCGGCCGCUGCGAGUGGAGGCCGCUCUCGCCGCGGGCUUCGAGCCUCCCUUUCGGCCGCGAUCCAAUGACGACGGUGGCCCUGCCGGCAAUCCCACCCUCAUGGCUCUGCUGGCCCGCCCAGAGGAAGGAGAUGUGAACAAAUGCGGCUCUCCACUGCCGGGGAUCCGUCGCUUCGCCGCCCACGAUGCAGCCCAUCUCGCUUGUGGCACCUGGGGCAGAGGCAUGCUACUGCGGAUGCUGCAGUUGGAGGCCCAGGCUAGCCGGUCCCUUGCCGCUGCUUACACGAUGCAGAACCCCUCGUCAAACAUUUCCACGGCGGCGGCGGCAUCUUUCCAGCUCGUCGCAGACCUGGAACUCUCAGGUGGCUUGAGCCCCUGCUGGUCAAUUCCCAAAUCCAGCGGCUUGGGAAACCCAAGCAUGCAGGAUGCAGGGCAGAGACCCACUUUCGCACCCGACAAGAAAAUAUAGGCUUGCGCA